AAUACUUUCAUUAGAAAAAUCAUGUUUUAAUUAAUUUAGUUUCCAGUUGGUUCGCACAAACGAUGCAAGUCUUUUCCUGAUCUCCAUAAUCACGAUGAUAUCGGUCGUUCCGCAGUAGGAGAUUACUUGAAUGUUGACCAGACCACGGACAAGAUAUUACCAUAUCCAAUUUGUUAAAGUUGAAAGCGCGGAGAAAAUGGAUGAUUCAGCCUUACCCAUUUAUCCCAUCCAGCAAAAUCUCCUGUUGUUAUCCAUAAUUUAACACUAAACCCGUUUUUUUCACUUACCUACUAAUACUAUAUUAAUCAAACCACUCUCGUCUUUCAGCCUCUGCUUCUGCAGGUUCUCUCUGUUUUUAAUUAUCGAAAUAAUUUAAUUCUUCUGAGAAUUGGUGUUUUUAUCAAUGGAGAAUUCAUCUCUUCCUCAUGACUCCCUGUUUCUCGGAUUCGAUAGCUCUACCCAGUCCUUGAAGGCAACUGUUCUGGAUUCCAAUCUCAAUAUUGUCAAAUCAGAGCUAGUUCAUUUUGACACCGACCUACCCCAUUAUAAGACCAAAGAUGGAGUCUAUAGAGACCCCUCUGAUAAUGGCAAAAUUGUUUCACCCACAUUGAUGUGGGUAGAAGCUCUUGAUCUCAUUCUUCAAAGGCUCCAGAACUCUGGUUUUGAUUUUGGGAAAAUUGCUGCACUUUCUGGUAGUGGACAGCAACAUGGUAGUGUUUAUUGGAAGAAAGGCAGUUCUGCAAUAUUAUCUUCAUUAGACUCCAGUAAGGCAUUGGUGGAUCAAUUAGGCAAUGCCUUUUCCAUCAAGGAGUCUCCAAUAUGGAUGGAUAGCAGCACUACCACACAAUGUAGAGAGAUAGAAAAAGCUGUUGGUGGAGCCUUGGAGCUCUCAAAACUAACAGGUUCACGCGGAUAUGAAAGAUUCACAGGACCACAGAUUAGGAAGAUAUUUCAGACACAGCCAGAAACUUAUAAUGAUACUGAGAGGAUUUCCCUUGUUAGCUCAUUCAUGGCUUCUCUUUUAAUUGGAGCAUAUGCUUGUAUUGAUCACACCGAUGGUGCUGGGAUGAAUUUGAUGGAUAUUAAACAGAAAGUCUGGUCUGAAAUAGCUUUAGAGGCCACGGCACCUGGUUUGAAGGAAAAAGUUGGAGAAUUAGCCCCUGCCUAUGAUGUUGCUGGACAUAUUGCUCCUUAUUUUGUUGAGAGGUACAAAUUUAAUAAGAACUGUGUGGUUGUUCAGUGGUCUGGAGAUAACCCCAACAGUUUAGCCGGUUUAACUCUUAGUAUCCCAGGGGAUCUGGCAAUCAGCCUUGGCACCAGUGACACUGUAUUCGGAAUUGCUACUGAUCCUCAACCCAGAUUAGAGGGGCAUGUUCUGCCUAAUCCUGUGGAUACGGAAGGUUACAUGGUAAUGUUAGUUUACAAGAAUGGAUCUUUAACUCGUGAAGAUGUUCGUAACUGCUAUGCUGAGAAAUCUUGGGAGGUGUUCAACAAGUUUCUGGAACAAACACCCCCUCUUAAUGACGGAAAGCUUGGCUUCUAUUACAAGGACCACGAAAUUCUUCCUCCACUACCAGUUGGCUUCCAUCGCUAUAUACUCCAAAAUUUCAUGGGUGAGAGUCUGGAGGGAGUGAAUGAACAGGAAGUGCAGGAAUUUGAUCCUGCUUCUGAGGUCCGAGCAUUGAUUGAGGGCCAGUUCCUGUCAAUGCGAGCUCAUGCAGAAAGAUUUGGCAUGCCUAUCCCUCCGAAACGAAUUAUAGCUACUGGCGGAGCAUCAGCAAAUCAAAGCAUUUUGAACUCAAUAGCGUCAAUAUUUGGGUGUGAUGUCCACACUGUUGAAAGACCUGAUUCAGCCUCCCUGGGAGCUGCAUUGAGGGCUGCUCAUGGUUGGCUUUGCAAUAAAAAAGGAAGUUUUGUACCAAUUGCAUGCUUGUACAAGUACAAGUUGGAGAAGUCAGCUCUCAGCUGCAAACUUUCAGUUAGUGCUGGAAAUCAAGAAUUGGUUUCCAAAUAUGCAUUGUUGAUGAAGAAAAGAAUGGAAAUAGAAAAUCGCCUUGUCGAAAAGUUGGGACGGUGCUGAAGUAUUUGACUACUAACAAAAAGUAACAUAUUUCCUUUGCAUUCAAAGAAAUGCUUCCUUGUGAUUAUCCUUUGCACAUAGUAAUAAAAAGUAUUGGCUUUUAGAACUUUUUUUGCAAUUUUCUAGUGACUGUUUGGCUUUAGAACUCAUUCGAACAAGGGAGUAUAAUUUUUCCUGUUGGGCAAAAAUAUUUUUUCCUCGAAGAUACCCAAUUUGUCAUAUGUUUAAACUAUUGCAGAGCAAUCGUGCAGCUUAUAGUUGAUUUGUAC